AGCUCCCGUCUCUAGCCAUUAGAGGGCGCUCGUGUGAAAUGGAAAGCUCCCUGGGAAUGGGAUGGUCACGGGACCCGGCCAGCCCAGCCUGCUCGCGCGCGGCUCUUGGCAAAGCAUUGCUGCGGGGCUCCAGCUUUGCAGACGGGACGGCCGCGAUGGCUGCUAUCGGGAAGGCCGUGUCGCCCCCUUACCCGCAUCCGGGACUCGUCGGCGGCAGCAGCAGCGAGAGCAGCGUGAGCAGGCUCAGCUUUCUGGGGGCUCGGCUACCCCCGGAGGUGGAAGCGAUGGCUAGGAGCGUUCGGGACCUGGGCAAGGAGACCUUCCGGAAACUCCUGAAAGUCACUGUCAGUGCUUUAGAAGGAAGAGACUGCAAAGAGUCGGUGAAGACGAUUGCCGAGAGUGCAAAACUGCCAGACAAACAGCUUGCGGUCCUCAUCUCUGGCAUGUAUACCCUCCUCCGAGAGGCCUUGAGGCUUCCCACUUCCUCUCUUAAGCAAGAAGUUUUUAAAGAAGAUCUAAAGGAGCUUAGGAUUCCAGAAGAUUUCAUCCUGGAUUUUGCCACUGUAGUCUUUGGAAACAGGCGACCUGUUCUUGAAGCAACAAUUCAGAAACAAGCCAAUAAGCUGCCUAGAAUUGAAGACUUCAAGUGGAGGGUGGACGUGGCCAUUUCUACCAGCUCGUUGGCUCGGGCUUUGCAACCGUCCAUUUUAAUGCAGCUGAAGCUGUCAGAUGGAUCAGCUCAUCGCUUUGAAGUACCAGUUGCAAAAUUUCAAGAAUUACGGUACAAUGUUGCCCUGAUCCUGAAGGAGAUGAACGACCUGGAGAAAAGGAGUGUUCUGAAGAUUCAGGACUGAACAUUUUCUGAUUAAACAGCUGGGAUUUGAAGAAAUUGUCAAGAACUGCACGACACAGAAAGCAAAAUAAGAUGCUUCCAUUUUGUAAUUUUAUUAUAACAUAACCUUUUUGAUAACAUGGCUGUAUAUAUUUUUCAGUUUAUGUGUUGAAAGCUGCUCUUGGAUUCUUGUUACCUUUUUUCAUUUUGAGUCUACAUACAAUAAAUGAUGAUAGCAUUAUCCCUUU